AUGGGCGCUGAAGAAGCAGAUGACAUUAUGGUUGAGACUCAGCCCCGCGGCCAAACCCGCACCGACUCCAACCUGUCGGCCUCGAGUCUACCUGACGACCGUAAGAUUUUGAAUUUUAGUGUUAAAUAUCACUAUAACUUACAUUUCUCACAUUUUUUAAUUUAAAAAUUUUUUUUAAAUCAGAGUAAUCAAGUUGAUACAAAAAGAAUGGCGCGUAAUAACGUUUUUUGGCAUAAUCAUGUCAAUAAUAGCUCAAAAUACAUGUUUUUAUAAUAGAUUUACAGAGCACAAGUUGUUUCCUCGUAUUUUACACAUAUGUCAUCAGAUACAUGUAUAAAAUAGAUAUUGUCAUAACAACUUUUGAGAAAACAUUCUAACGUCAACUUUUGGAAAAUUAAAGAACAAAAACCAGUUCAAAACAGCUUUUUGUAGUUUAUUUUUUGUCACAGUUACUAUGUUUCUUACUUCUUGGCCGUUCGGCUCCCAUGACACCAGCCCCCCCAACAUAACUCCUUUUGCAUAAGCAUCAACCAAACAACUGGUUGGAGACUUUUUUUGUGACAGUUGACACUGUUUUAUAUACUUUAAUUAAUAUUAAGUGGUUCAAAUAAUUCGGCGCCUUCUAACCUUGCAAAUUUGCUUUGAUAAAGGCUCAGAAUUAUUUAAACAACUUAAUAUUUAGCUUACAUUUUAAAAUUUAAACCAAAUAUGUAUUGGGAUGCUAUAUCUUCUCAUUUUCAGCAGCAAACAUCAUUGAGUUAAAACCAGACGAUCAGCAAGGUUAUUCAGGCCUAUUAUGUCUACUGCAAUGUCUGAAUACCACCAUAUCGGGUGGUUCGGUUAAAGCAAUAUCAGAUGACGAAAGGACAGCUAUUUUGGCCGAUUUAUGGUACGUUUUAACUAUCUUUAAUCAUUGUUCAUUUAAAUUUACAAAUUCUUAUUUCUUUUUUUUAAACGGCCUUUUUUUGCGGGCUUUCCGCACCAUUUUCUAGCUCUUGGCUUUGUGUUUUACCUAAAAAAUAAAACAUUUUUAAAAUAAAGGACGGAAAUUUCACAAAUAUCAUAUUCUUGCUUAGUUUCGAUGACUUCCAAGGCUAGAAAACGCAAAAAUGUAAUAAAGAAGAAAAGGUACCGUAUAUAUGUUUAUGUCUUUACACUUAUAGUUUACUUUUUUAAGGUUUUAACUCUUAUAAACUAAUAUAUUUUAUGUUUAGCACAAAUUCACCCAAAGAACGAUCAUUAGUCCGUCAAAGUAUCUUUCCAAAUAUGCCUCCGACCAUCAUAUUUUACAAAAGGGAGUCCAAAGUCGCUGAUUGUAAGUUUUUCUCGUUAAUAUUGUUGUUAUUUUAGGUUCUUUGAUGGUUUUUGGACUUUAUGAUAAAGUGAAGGGUUUAAAAGUAUUAGUAUAUGAUUCAGAAGCUGAAAAUACAUCUUAGUAUAGUUUUUUGACUCAUUUUUAUUUAGUUGUGGUAAAGAAACCUCCAGCUCGAUAUAAGACAACAUUCAAAUGGUGUCAGACCAGUUUACUGCCAAAUUUAAUGAAAAGAACAUUGAGAUCAAGUCACUACGAGUUGGUACCUGAAGACGGUGAUUGGAGAGGGUAUUGGGGGAAGCAUUUACACAGUUUUCAAUAUAGGACAUUAACCUAUUGGCAAAAAGUAAGUUUGCUCUGGGGAAAUAGUUGAUAUCAACUUUAUUUUAACGUUAGCAACGUUUAUUUUUGUAUGAUUACAAAGUUAUGUUGUUUUAAAGGUAAGAUAAUACGUCUUAAAACCUACAGAGUAUGUUAAAGGUUAACUUUUCUGUAUUUCAGGUUAACCACUAUCCAGGAGACUUUCAUUUAGGUCGCAAAGACCGUUUAUGGCUUCACUUAGCGGAUUUGUCUAAACAAUUUGAUGGAUUUGAUAUUAUGCCUCACACCUAUGUCUUGCCACGUGAUUUUCUAGCGCUCAGGGAAUACUUGAAAUCGAAUAAAAAGCAUGUUAUACUCAAACCGGUAAGACUCCACAGUUUAUUUUUGUAAUUUAGAUAAAGAUAAAAUAAUGUUAAUGAAAAGAUGCUUUUCGAGUUAAUCAAAGACUUAUUUUUUAUCUUUUUAGCCAGCAUCUGCUCGAGGACGAGGUAUUCAAAUAGUCUCUAAAAUCGAAGAAGUCCCAACCGACGCUCCACUAAUAGCUCAACAUUACAUUGAAUCUCCAUUGGUCAUGAACGGGUCCAAGUUUGAUCUUCGUAUCUAUGUCUACGUAUCAUCUCUUGACCCACUGAAGAUCUACAUUUACGAAGAUGGGCUAGCUAGGUUUGCCAGUGUUCCAUAUUGUCAUGAACAAUCCUAUAACAACCAAUACAUGCACCUGACAAACUUUUCCAUUAAUAAGUUUGCUGAGAAGAAUGGCGUGACAAACGGAGCCGUGGAAUUGAAGUGGAAGUUAAGCAGGUUCUGGAAGUUCGUCAAAGACAAUGGCAGAGACCCAGAAGAGCUGUGGGGGAAGAUCAGGGAUGUGUCGGUUAGGGCUGUCAUAUCUUGUGUGGAGAGUAUCAGGAAGCAACAGAAUGUGUAUUGUCAGUAUCCGUUCUUGAAGUAAGUUUAUAUUUAUAACAUAUUUGAUACUUAACCUUUAAAUAUUACUGUUUUUGAAAGUUUAAAGUCAGCUUUUGUUGACUUUUUAGUGAUAUAACAAUUAAAAUGUAAACAAAUGCAAAAUUUAAUCUAAAAUCAUUAUUUUAGUCGAGAACUCUUUGGAAUGGACAUUCUAAUCGACUCAGAUUACAAACCCUGGAUUCUGGAGAUGAAUAUUUCACCGUCGAUGCAAGCAGCGACUUCAGAAGACGUUGUAGUCAAAGCUCCUUUGAUUGCCGAUCUGAUGAAUAUGUGGAGGAUGGAGUUUGUAGCUGGUAAUGAUGUAGAGGAGCUUGAUCUCAGCUAUCGGUCAAAGCCUUUGAUUGAACACAAAACAAAGAUUCACUUCUACAAGGAAUCAGAAAUGAUGGAGUUUUAUCACAAAACAGGUGUAAGAAUUUUGUAAUUUUUCAAAUUUUCAAAAAAAUCGAAAUUUAGAUAAAAAUUGCAAAAGAUUUUGACGUCGAACUAAACUCAUCUUUUCAGAAGAUCUCUCCCUGCAUACUAACCGAACUCACGGACGCUGAUCUACGCAUUUUAAUCGAAUUCGAAGAGGAAUUCAAUUUGCGCGGCGAGUUUGAUCUCAUUUAUCCUCACGAAAACACUAUCGCCACCUACCUCAAAUGCAACGAACCAACUUACGCCACUUUACUGUUAACCGCAUGGAUAUGUUUGUCGACGGAAGAGCGUGCCAAAGGUCUUCAGAGACUUCAGAAGUUGGCUGGGGCGGGUGCUCACCUAGCUCAAAUACGGGUCGAAAACGAGGAAAAAGAAGAGGACUCCAGCACUAAAACCACCGAUUCUGGGUCAUUGUAG